AUGUCCGUCAUUGCCCACGUGGAUCACGGAAAGUCGACUUUGACCGAUUCCCUGGUUCAACGAGCCGGUAUCAUUUCCGCAGCAAAGGCUGGUGAAGCGCGAUUCACCGAUACCCGUAAAGAUGAGCAAGAGCGUGGUAUCACUAUCAAGUCGACUGCCAUCACGCUGUAUGCCCACUUGCCCGAUGAAGAAGAUCUCAAGGACAUUCCUCAGAAAGUUGAUGGUAAUGAAUUCUUGAUCAACUUGAUCGAUUCUCCUGGUCACGUUGAUUUCUCAUCUGAAGUCACUGCGGCUCUCCGCGUCACCGAUGGUGCCUUGGUCGUCGUCGACACCAUCGAAGGUGUCUGUGUCCAAACGGAGACUGUGCUCCGACAAGCUCUGGGUGAGCGUAUCAAGCCUGUUGUCAUCAUCAACAAGGUCGAUCGUGCUCUUCUCGAGCUGCAGGUCUCCAAGGAAGAUCUGUACCAGUCUUUCCUCCGAACCAUCGAGUCUGUCAACGUCAUCAUCGCUACCUACUUCGACAAGGCUCUUGGUGACUGCCAGGUUUACCCUGAAAAGGGUACCAUUGCCUUUGGUUCCGGUCUCCACGGCUGGGCCUUCACUGUCCGCCAAUUCGCCAUCCGAUAUGCCAAGAAGUUUGGUGUUGACAAGUCCAAGAUGAUGGAACGUCUCUGGGGCGAUAACUACUUCAACCCCAAGACCAAGAAGUGGACCAAGACCGGAACGCAUGAGGGCAAGACCCUUGAGCGUGCUUUCAACCAGUUUAUUCUUGACCCUAUCUUCAAGAUCUUCGAUGCCUUCAUGAAGGGCAAGACCGAUGACCUUGUCGCUCUCUGCGGCAAGCUCGACAUCAAGAUCACCAACGAGGAAAAGGAGCUCCCUGGCAAGGGUCUCCUCAAGGCUGCCAUGCGAAAAUUCCUCCCAGCUGCCGAUGCUCUGUUGGAAAUGAUGGUUAUCCACUUGCCAUCUCCCGUCACUGCUCAGAAGUACCGUGCCGAGACUCUAUACGAAGGUCCAUCUGAUGACCCGGCCUGCAUCGCCAUCCGCGACUGUGACCCCAAGGCCGACCUCAUGCUGUACGUCUCCAAGAUGGUGCCCACCUCCGACAAGGGCCGAUUCUACGCUUUCGGUCGUGUCUUCGCUGGUACCGUCCGCUCUGGUAUGAAGGUCAGAAUCCAGGGUCCCAACUACGUCCCUGGCAAGAAGGAUGAUCUCUUCAUCAAGGCCAUCCAACGAACCGUCCUCAUGAUGGGUCGUACUGUCGAGCCUAUCGAUGAUAUGCCAGCUGGUAACAUCAUCGGUUUGGUCGGUAUCGAUCAAUUCUUGCUCAAGUCCGGUACCCUUACCACCUCCGAGACUGCCCACAACCUUAAGGUCAUGAAGUUCUCCGUCUCUCCUGUGGUGCGACGAUCUGUCGAAGUCAAGAACGCCAACGACUUGCCCAAACUGGUCGAAGGUCUCAAGCGUCUGUCAAAGUCCGACCCCUGCGUCUUGACCCUGAUCACCGAAUCUGGUGAGCACGUCGUCGCCGGCGCUGGUGAACUCCACUUGGAAAUUUGCUUGAAGGACCUGGAGGAAGACCACGCUGGUGUCCCUCUCAAGAUCAGCGACCCCGUCGUCUCGUACAGAGAAACCGUCGGUGGUAAAUCUAGCAUGACUGCCCUGUCGAAGUCGCCCAACAAGCACAAUCGUCUGUAUGUCAUUGCUGAACCUCUUAGCGAGGAAGUCUCCAAGGAGAUCGAAGACGGAAGAAUCAACCCCCGUGACGACUUCAAGGCCCGUGCUCGUAUCCUCGCCGAUGACCACGGCUGGGAUGUUACUGAUGCCCGAAAGAUCUGGGCUUUCGGUCCCGACACCACUGGCCCUAACUUGCUGGUUGACCAGACCAAGGCCGUCCAGUAUCUCAAUGAAAUCAAGGACUCCUUUGUGUCUGGUUUCCAGUGGGCCACUCGUGAAGGUCCUAUCGCUGAAGAGCCCAUGCGAUCGAUCCGAUUCAACGUCAUGGAUGUCACUCUUCACGCUGAUGCCAUCCAUCGUGGUGGUGGCCAGAUUAUCCCAACUGCCAGACGUGUGCUGUACGCCGCCACUCUCUUGGCCGAGCCUGCUCUCCAGGAGCCCGUCUUCUUGGUCGAAAUCCAGGUGCCAGAACAGGCCAUGGGUGGUAUCUACGGCGUCCUCACCCGACGACGUGGUCACGUCUUCUCUGAGGAACAGCGUGUGGGAACCCCUCUGUUCACCGUCAAGGCCUACCUUCCCGUCGCAGAAUCAUUCGGUUUCAACGCCGAUCUCCGUGCCGCCACUGGUGGUCAAGCUUUCCCACAGAUGGUGUUCGAUCACUGGCAGAUUCUGCCUGGUGGUUCACCCCUCGACGCCAACACAAUGCCCGGCAAGAUCGUGGAGUCAACACGUACGAGAAAGGGUCUCAAGCCUCAAGUUCCAGGUUAUGACAACUACUAUGACAAGUUGUAG